AAUUUUAUGUCGAAUAACAUCAUUCGAUUCCAAACAAAUAAAACAUUAAGUGGCAUAAGCGAGCUUCAAACCCCAAAGUGCUAGCUCCAAAAUCCAUCGCCUGUACCACUAAACAACGGGGGCAAUAUUUAUGUAGCGAUACUUAUUUUGUUCUACAUAUAUUUUUAGUGGCAAACCUAAAAGUAAAUACUUGCUAACAGUACUUAAAGGUUGAUUUCCACUUACGCGUUUUGUGGCUGUACACGUUAACACAAGUAAAUUUAAAUCACGUAAAUAAGAUAGAGGCAAGAUAUAAAUUGUUGACAUUAAAAGUGAAGUUGAGCGAGAUUCUACUUUUAUGCUUACGUGCGUCCUUUUAUACAUUGCCUCUAUUUUAUUUGCAAACGUAAAUUUUACGCACGUAUGCGUGGAAAAAUAACGCGACAGUGGAAAUCAACCCUAACCCUAAUCACGAUUAACACAUAAUACAUUUUCACGAAGAAAGAGAUAUCACAUUUACCUCCGACUUUUGCGAUAAUCAUUCACAUUCCGCGUCCUCUGCAUCCCGGCUUUUGACGUCCCUGUCCCCGCGUCCCAUAGUUGAUGUCCUCAAGUCCCUCGUCUUGCGUCCCCAAGUCCCAAGUCCCCACACACGCGUCCCGAUGUCCCUGUCCCCUUGUCCCCAUCCCACUUUUAUACACAGCCUAAUUUUUGUCCAUGUUUCAUUGACCAUGACAUCUGCUGAGAAUAUCUAAGGCUUUGUUCAUGUGGUACCAAAUGAAUUUUUGACUGCCUGAAAAUCUCUGCAUUCCAUUCCACUCACAGCAGGGAGCUAUGCUAACCAUACAAAAAAUAAUCAAUUUAGAUGCUUAGCCCCUCAAAAAUUUAAGUACCAAAAUCAGUCAAAUUUUAAGGUUGAAAUAUUGACCAGCAUUGUGUAAACUACUUGACCCUCUUGUACAGCAAAGAUGUACUAGUUGCAUGGUGAUCGAAUGCAUGGUUACUUGGUAAGAAGAGGCCAUUUUAGAUUUGCUUAAGUAGCACUCUGUACAUAGCAGAUAGUAAAACUACUGAAAAAAUGUUAAAAUUCAACCUGGUCCUUCAGUUCCGUGUUAAGCAGUUCAAUGUGAACUUGUCUACACGUCCUGUAAAAUUUUUUUAAUAAGUUAAAAUUUGUCUGGUACCAUUAUAUGAACUUAGCCAUAAAACAUAUUUAAACAUUAUUUCUAUGAAAUAAGAGUCAGGAAAUACUCAACUGAUAUAUUUUUAUUCAAUUAUCUUUUUCAACAGAUGAAUUAAAGCGACGGUUUAUUCGUAACCCCCAGCCUGGGGGGACACCCACCAUUUUUAUGGGAGCGGAUAGUGAAGAAGCUGGUCAUGAAAAUGAUUACAUUCCUCAACUCACAAAAAAAGGUCAGGAAAUUCCAGCUGUACUCAAAAUUUUUUAAUAGCAAGUAGAUCAUGUCAAGCAAAUUUUUUGUGGUUUUGUACACUCUUGUAUCUCCCAGUGACUAUGGCUAAGCAGGGGCGGAUCUAGGGGGAGGGUGCAAGGGGUGCGCCCCCGAGAUGACCUGCGGUUUUCUAAUACAACUGGUAUUCUGCAAAGAAAAAAAAAACUAUGUGGUUUAAUGGUGUUGAAGUAGAGCAAGAGACAAGUGCACCCCCUCAUAAAAAAAAUCCUGGAUCCGCCCCUGCUAAGUAUUAUUGAUCAAGUUAAGAAUCAGUGGCUAGAGGAGUGAUGUGUUUCUUCACACUGGUGACACCAUUUAUGCAUCAGUCAAUUCCACCUGCACCCAGGGCUGUCAAUUCCCCGGGGUGGGGACUAAAAACGAGGGCAAAUGGCCUGUUCUCCGCUAACACUGCCACAUUUUUUCAUUGAUCGCAAAGUCAAGUAGUGCCAUUUUAAGCAUUUUAAUGUGCAAUUUUUUGUUUCAAUUAACAUCUUCCUUUGAGGUUCAAGGUUCAAGUUUAUUUUGCAUUAUUCAAGUUGAUACAUUAUAAGAUGGCUUACAGAAUCAGUACGUUAAGAAAUAAUGAAAAAUAAAUAUAUACAAGUUUGUUGAAUUAUGUGCACAGUGACCAAAGUAGACGAAGCUUUCUUGUUGAAAUAGUGCUAUUCUAAUUAUGACUUCAUGCCGUGAUGACAACAGUUUAUGGUUUUAGUAUUGCUAUGACAUUAUUGACAUUAAAAUUAACAGUGCACUGUAAAGUUAACUGCUAUAAAUUGUUUUAUAAAUAUGAAAGGAUAUUCUUCAAAUAAUAUCAAGAGAAACUUGAUUCAAUAACCAGAAAAAUGUUGAUUCAUGUCAAUAGCUCCCGAGUUUCGCUAUGUAAGUCUGGCUUGUUAAGCAAUGAAGAAAUGCAUGCAUAAAAUCGAGAACAUGCCUUUAAAAACCUCUUCAGUUUUUUCCCGUCAUUGACAAAUGAGCCAAUCUGCUUGUUUUUCCAGUAAAAUCCUCUUAUGAAAUAAUAAGGGCUGAUCAGCAGCAACUCGAGUCUUGGGUCUUUGGUGGCAUCUUAUGGUUUAUUUAGAAGCAAUUAUGGGUCAUUGGUGCAAAUGAAGAGUAAAGCAAGUGAAUGUAUCAGUUGUUGAUAUUAAUUUUAUUAUAGGUUCAUUGGUGCUGAUUCAUGGAACAGUGUUACAUAGAAGUGCUGAGAACAAGUCAGAGAAAUCCCGACAUGCAUAUACAUUCCAUAUUGUUGAACAAGAAAAUACAGAGUGGAGCAAACAGAACUGGUAAGAUGUUAUUGAGAACUCUAAGUUAGCAAGUUUUUUUUAAAAACAUACUUUAUUUCAGUUUUGUAGCUCAUAGUUCAACUUGAGUUUUGGCUGUUUUUUACUUAUGCAUGCUUAAUAACUCUACUUGAGAAUGUUGGGCAUGACCUGGUAAUAGUUUAGAAACGUUUGUGCGGAGUAAGGAAAACCAGAGGACCCAGAGCUCAGAGAGCUGCCAGACAAUCAGAAAACUGCAAAGCAUUUCAAUUUUUUCUUUUUGAGUCCAGUUUUUCAAGCUCUGUUUUUUUUGGCACUUCUUGGAACCAUAAACUGCUGCUUAUAAACCCAGCUCCUAGUUUUUUGCCCAUGUACCUGCAAACAAAAAACUACAUUUGAUUAUAAGCCCCCACCCGGCACCUAGCUAGCUUGUAUUAAAAUGAGUUUGAUUUAUUUUGGCAUUUGGAAACUUCAUUAACAACCAGUAAAUGCAAAACGCCUUUUGAUCAACACUGCUAUAGCUUGUUUUGAUCCACGAUUUUGUACUCUGUCUUUUUAAGUCUGCCAGAUAUAAGCUGUCCUAAAACCCCUUUUGAAGAUGAUAAGCAACAGUUUACAGUAUGUUUUCCCUGAUGUUAGGCAGGGUAGCCAACUCCUGUAGAGGUGAAAUCUGGAGUUUUUUGCCCUGCACUGGCCCCCAUCUCCACCCCACUAUCAACCCACUCCACACGUGACACUAAACCACCCCUUCUCCCCACUAAAAAAUAUGGCAGAAUUUUUGGUAAAAAGCGUCACAAAUUCUGGCAACUGUAAAAAAACAUUUUUGAGGUUAAAAUAUCUGCCUAGUAUUGACCUUAACGACAAGAGAGAAUUAAUGACCUGUAUUGGAGGCCUCUGACUAUGUGACUAUGACAGCAAGCAAUAGUUUUAGACAUUGUAGGAAGUUUAUAUACAGUAUGCUUAAGCUGUUGCAAAUCCUGGCAUGUAUGUUACAGGUCAAAGUUAAAUUCAGGUGAAAGUUUUUUUAACCUUGGCUGAUUCUCAAUUUUCUUUAUCCCCCAACCCUAAUUAUUCAUGAAUUAGGGCUAAGAGACAAAGGAGGUUGAGAAUCAACCUAGGUUAAAAAAAUUUAACCUGAAUUUAAUUUUUACCCAUACAUGUACAUUCACAUUUCCUCUGGAAAUUGGUGGAGAAUCCAGAGGCAUUGAUAAAGUAGUAUUAAAAUAUUAGUAAAGAAGUAUAAAAGGGAGUAUUUCAAAUGGCCCAAAAUUUUAGCUACAGACAAAUGUUCUGAGUGCCUUUGUGCUUCUUGCAAGCCCCAUUGUCUUCCCCUCUGAAUUAUGACUGUCUCACGGCUGGUUGUAGAAAAAGGGUUUAUGUGAACAAUAUGCUAAAGUUGAUCUUCUCUCUUUUUUUUUUAGGUUGCAACCUACAGCGGAACUUCCAUUUCCUGUUCUUUAUACAGAAUAAUCACAUUAUAUGGGAUAAGUUUAACUGUACAAGUCUAAGGUUUGACUGAUUAUGCUUGAGAAAUCGAAUACUUUUCUUCAGUGUCAGCCAGAGUAUCAUGCUUGGGUCAAGUCAGAAGUUGUCAGAAGUUAGUUCAGACUGCUUUACAGAAUUAUAGAUUGCUUUCAAUUUCUUUAGAUUAUAAUUUUGUUUAAAUUGACAAGUCUUAAGGGGGUGUUUAUCUUACAAUAUAUCAGUCAUAGUCUGUUUCAAUAGCACAGCAUUUUUUUAUUGUAUUUUUAUAAAAUUUAAUUACUUAUACACUGAUUAACAAAAAUCAUUAAUUUAAUCAACACUUUCUAAGCAAUUUUAGCAGCCCAAAGCAUAAUAUUAAUAUAGUCAAUAACAUACUGGGGUACCAUAGCCUGUGGGUACAACAAGUACAGCUGUACUGUACAAUACGUCUUUAGUUAUCUCACAAACCAAUAAAGGGCACUGUUAAUGCAGAUAAUUAAUGACUUAAAAUGUUGUUGAAGAAAACAAAAUAUGCAAUACUUUGAUCUUGGAAUAUUUCAGCCCUAGGACCCCAGCAUGAUUUUAUUGUGGAAUAAAUAUGAAUAUGUUAUUUAAAUGCACACCUUGAACGUCUUAUGAACUGUGAAAAGCUAGUGUAAGUUCUAAUAAAUUUAUGCUUAUAAAUGCAUUUUUUCAGGCAAGUAAAUGCAAUUGGGGAAGGCAUGUGCACGUCUGGCGCUUGUCGCUGGUUUUGUGCUUUCCUUCGC